UAUAAGUUGCAUAUGACUCAUUAUGUACGUAUAGCAGUUUGUAAAUCACUACCAGACAUUAGGGCAUAUUUAGGAUUUGCAGCAACCAGUAUUUACGCAAGGAGAAAGCUUUGUUUUUGUUACUAUAUUAUUUUGUUGAUAGAUGAAAUGAUUGUGACAGUAUUGUAUUCGGCAGUAUUCCCACGACUUAACUGAAGUACGCGGCAAAGAUAAUAACUGUUGUUAAUAUUAAAAUUCGGUAAGAUCUUUAUUUUGAAUACUGGCUAAAUUAUAUUAAAACUCCCGAAAUGUUGUAAUUUGCCAAUUGGAAUCAUUAAUCCAGUAUCAUAUAGUUUAAUCAAAUGGCUGAAAUAUUUCGUACAGUUUGGUUUUGUCUCAUAAAACUAGUUUUAGUUUUCUGAAAACAAACUGAGAUAUACACAUGACAAAAAUAAGCAGAAGUUAAUAUGGCUUGAAAUUUUCGUCUCGCCUUUAUUGUAGUUUUGUGAGGUUUUAUUGCCAAACUUUAAAAGGUUUGCUGAUAUAUUAACAAAAUAAUAUAUGGAAAAUAUAUUCGAAAUUCAGUCACUUGCCCCAAGAGAUAGUUUAAGAAAAGUGGCUCGAAAAAAUAUAGUGUCUCAAUACCCGAAUUGUAGCAAAAAAUGUAAACUUUAUUAAUGUUCAUUAUAACUUUUUUGUUAUUACAAGUACAUAUUUGUAGGAUACAAUAUUUAUUAAUUGAUGUUGGAACAGCGGUGUCGAAGCUUUAUGUCAAUUAUAUUAAUAUAGCGGUUCAUGAUUUACUGAAAACACACUUGACGGAUAUUAAAGAGUAUUUAAGAAAUGUACUCGAAAUACGUCAAUCAAAGAAAGGGUAUUGGUUGCUGCUUGGCAUCUUUAUUUUUAUCGUCUUUUGUGGGAUAUGGGUACGACAAGGAAAACCAACAACAACUGCUGGAAAGUUCUUUGAUGCGCCAGAAUGUAUAGCUAAAAUUCUUAAAAAUACCGACAGCCUCCAACCGAAAAACAUUUCCCUGAACGACAUAUCUGGAGAGUGGAAACUUCCGAUCUAUGGGGUUGCUAAUGUACAUUAUGCUCUUUUACAUUUAAAGAUUUAUCAAUUCGUGAUGGCAACAGCUACAGUACAACUCACCAAAUUUCCUAACGCGGUGAUUCGUUUCAGCAUUGAACACGGGAGCUUUAUGAUUGACGGCGACUAUGGAUUUCGACAUCUCAUAAUUGAGAAAAGCGGUCAUUUUACCGGAGAAGCAACCGACAUUUAUUUUGAUUUAAAUCUAGUUGUUUCAAAAACAAACACCGAGCAAACCCCAGUAAAUAUACAGCAUUGUACAGCGUCUGUAUACCACGUGUCAUUACGGACAACAGGCGAAUUAGCAUUCAUUUACAAUAACCUGUUAAAAUUAUUGAAAGAGAGCAUCAUAAAAGGUUUACAAUCACAGCUUUGUCCAAAAAUUGGCAACGAAUUGAUAAAAACAUUUGAAACAUGUUUUUAACGUUUCCAAGAAAAAACUAUUAAAUUUCCAUUAAUUACCAGCAGCAUUAAUCUCGUAUAAACUUAUGGGUUGGUGGCAGGCAUGCUAACCAUUGGCCAUGCGCCGAACGUAUAUGCGUUUUGUAUGGCCUUUUUAUGAUAUAUUAAACGUAAAAAAUUUAAAUACAGAUAUACAUAUUUUUAAUUCAUAGAAAACUCACUGAUAGGACUAUCAUAUAAGUUGUCAUCACUGUUAACCACGCUUCAUACCGCUUUUUGAGCACGUAAGUGGUCAUAUAAAUCCUUUGUCAUAGAACAGUUGUUCUUGUAGCCUUUUGCGCGCCUUUUGCCGCCCUUCUCAAUUCUUAAUUCUAGCAUUUAUUCUUUAAUCUCUUGAACAAAAUCAAAUCAUAUUAUAUAUUUAUAAAUUUUAGGCUAAUUAUUUUUAUUUAAAAUCGUGCACAAUGAGUGAUUAAUUAGCUUUUUAUGUGGUGGACUUUAUUAGAAGUUCUACCUACAGCCAUAGAAAUACCAAGUAGUCCAGCCCAUUGUUACGUAAAAAAUUUGAACGCCAAUUUGGGUCCAAAACAACUCAGCGGUAUGAAAAAAUGCAUGUUAUUCGGUAAAUUACAGGUAUACUUAUAGACUUAAAAUCAAAUUUAAAGGUUGGAAAGUCUGAACGACAUGGGUAAUUUGUUUUCUAUAUCGAAAAAUCAGAUUUAGAAGCAGCUAAUUUGUGACAUUUUAGUCAUUUACUGAAAUAAUUUUAUAUAUUUUUUUAAAAGUUUGAUCAAAUAAAUAUAAGUUGUUUUACACCUUUUCACAAAAGGAAAUCGCAAACAAAGCUUAACUGGUUCCUUUAAAUUUAUUGCAAAAGUCACCGCUUCUGUCAGUUGGACUACUCGGUGUUUCUACCACUCUGCUGCUAAACCGACAAAAAUGGAGACUAAAAUCCGCUUUGUUGUUUUUUUCUGGUUUGUGUUUAAUCGAGCUUAGUCGACCGGUCUAGUAAAUGAAUUAAUUAAUAAUAUGCUAAUUGUUUUAGUACGUGCUUACUCAUUAAGGCUUUUUUGAAGUCUGGUGUGGAUUCAGGUCCGGAGUAAAUACUGCGUAUGAAAAAGGGAGCAUUCUGUCGAUUUUUACUAACUAAAGCACGACAUAAGCAUGUUCUUGACAUCCUUAAAGGGCAGGUUCAGCAUAAGUAAUAAACCAAUCUUGAGUUACAGGUUCGUCGGAUGUGCAAAUUUAUUUUU